UUCCAAUUGGGGUUCGUAUUGUACAAUCCAGCCGCAGAGCUUUUGGGACUACGACUCUACUAGGCCAUGAUGCCUCCGGCGGCUUCAUUCCCCGUUUACGCUCACCGUUUCACCGCCGACUCUUUUCAUAACCGACUCAUCGACAUUGUCAAAGCUGCUCUCAUCAAAAUAUUCGUAUCUCCUUACGCCACCGUGUGUGAAUUGUACUGUGGAAAAGUUCCCAAUGAAGAAAAGUGGGAUGAAUCUCAAAUUGGCCACUACAUUGGUUUUGAUGUAGCGGCAUCUGGUGUGAAUGAAAAAAAGGAAGCAUGGGAGAGUCAGCGCAAAUUUUACGUUACUGAGUUGUUUGAGCUUGACCCUUGCACUGAAGAUUUGAAAACAUAUCUUCUGGAUAAAGACACUCAGGCUGAUAUUGUUUUCUGCAUGCACAAUUUUCAGUUGUGUUUUGAAACUGAAGCAAAAGCGAGGAAGCUUUUGCAUAGUGUUUCAUCUUUGUUGAAACCUGGGGGUUAUUUUCUUGGCAUCACAACUGACUCAUCUACUAUAUGGGCAAAGUACCAGAAGAACGUUGAAGCUUGCCACCACAAGGGCAGUGGAAUGAAGCCUAACAGUGUCCCCAAUUGCAUUAGAUCUGAGAGUUACACAAUAGCUUUUGAAGUCGAGGAAGAGAAGUUUCCUUUUUUUGGAAUGAAGUACCAGUUGAAGUUUGCAAAUGACAUCUCUUCUGAAACACACUGUCUGGUUCAUUUCCCAAGCCUGAUAAGGUUGGCCAGAGAGGCUGGCCUUGAUUAUGUCGAGAUUCAAAACUUGACUGAUUUUUAUGAUGAUUAUAGGGCACAGUUUGUAGGAAUGCUACAAGAUGCCAACCAUAAUAUCACCGAUUCUAGGGGUAGACUUCUCCCCAAAGCUUAUGAUGUUUUAGGACUGUUCACGACGUUUAUAUUUCAAAAACCUGAUCCGGACAUUGUUCCACCUCUGAUGACUCCGUUUUUAGUAAACAGAAUUUACAAUGAUGAUGAGAUGACACAAGGACUGGGGUGGCGAGAUGAUGAGAGGAAUGGACAGGCUGAUUCAUCUCAGGGGGGGUUGGGAAAGAUAACGGAGCAAAAGGGGAUAUUAGGUCCGGGCCCUGCAGAAUUGCGUUUCCCCGAGGCACUUUGACCUCAUUGUUGUUCAGUUUAGUAGUUUUCAACCAUGACAUACAUACGUGUGUCGUCACAUCUAAAAUGUGCAUAAGUAAAGUUCAAAGAGUUCUUUUUCUGUUUAGUGUGCAUAUUCUAUAAUUAUUUUAUGCACGUCUAGAUUCCAUUUUGUGAUCCGGCAGAGGACUAAACGACUCACUAUUUUAACUACGGAGUAUUUUUCAUUUUCUUUUGUUUUGUUAUUAAAACAUAUUUUAAAUAUAGUUUUUUUAUAAUUUUGUAGAAUUAGCCAAUUCAGCCACUUCAAUCAUAAGUCAUAAAUUCAUAAAUUUCAGCAUAAGCAAUCACUUCAGCCAAUUAUUAUCUUUAACUAUUAUACUCUC